AUGUCAAGUGAUAAAAAUCUAAAAGAGUCCAUUAUCCCUUUCAAAAUAUCCCGAUUCCCCAACUCUGAAUCUCAAUUCUUGCAAACCAACCGAAAACAAAUCAAGCUGAGAUUGCCUUAUGUUCAUAGCCAAACCCAUCAUCCAACAAUAGAAACAGAUUUAUCUGGUAAAAAUUUAAAUUCCCCUCCAUCUGUAGACGAAAUGCUAAGUACAUUUAGAUCAAGACUCUCAGAACACUCCACAGAAUUACUCCCCAAAUUUGAAUCCAAUAUUGACUUGCUGAAAAGCUUAAAAUGAAAAUCCAGCUUAUCAGCUCCAAAAUUGCAUAAAGGGAAUAUUUUUAAAAACCUAAAGACAAUAAAACGGAAAAACAAAGAAGACACCAAAAUAAAUAGUAAAAAAUCUAAAGAAUCAAUAGACAUUUAUAAUAUUUUUGCUGGAAGCCAAAAUCAAGUAACGAAUAAUUUUGAGAAUUUUCAUGAAAUAGAAGAUUUUGAGUUUGAAAAGAAAAAAGAAGAAAAUUCAGCUUAUGGAUGCUGAUACAUAAAAAAUCCUUCAGGAACUCAUCCUAGUAGUCGAGAAGAAAGCCAAUUAGUUGUGUUGAAUAAAAAAGCUUAUAUUUUUGGAGGACAAAGCAGAAUAAAGCAAGGCGAUGUGAAAGAGCUCGACAUAAUUUCAUGGAGCUGAAGCAUUUUGUCAACUGAUUAUUCACCCCAUGGAAUUUCUGGGCAUUCUAUGGUAGCCUAUAAGCGAAAUCUUGUUAUUUUUGGGGGAACUUCAAGCCACAGUAAGAAUUUAGGAAUCCGAAGAUGCUCAAAUAAAAUUGGAAUUUUAUCAUUAAAAGAAAAUAAGUGGCAGUUCUAUAAAGGGGUAAAUGAUUGGCCAUCACCACGAAGAAACCACGCAGCUUCAUCAUUAGGAAGAGAUUUACUUAUAUACGGCGGUAUUAGCCAAGAAGGUGAAUUUCUAGAUGAUUUAUGAGUUUUUGACAUGAAAGAAAAAUCAUGGAUUUUCCCUGAAGUGGCUGCUCCUGAGUGCCCUUGUGAGUUAUCUCAUGCUACUUUAACCCCAGUUUUCCUUGAUAUGAUAAAAGAAGAUUCCAGUAUUUCUAUAUUAUCAGUAUCAAAAAACCAAAAAAGCAUUGAAAUUAAUAACAGUGGAUUUUAUUUAUUUGGCGGACACACAUAUGAUGGAGAAGCUAGUAAUAAAAUGUAUGGUCUUUAUAUUCGAGAAGGAAAAUUAUUGUGAUUAGAAAUUGCAGGCAAAGGUAAUGCGCCAGUGCCAAGAUAUGGACAUAGUGCUUGUGCAAUAAAAUUUAAAAUUUAUAUAAUUUUCGGCUAAAUUAUUGUAUUUUGUAUUUUUUAAGCACAAAUAAAAAAUAAUCAUUAAAUACAGAAUAUUUUUGGUGGGAGAAAUGAUUUAAUGUUUAAUACAUAUGGAGACUCCUGCUUAAACGAUUUAAAUGUAUUUAAUGUUGAAACUUUAACUUGGGAAACUAUACAGAUUCAUGGUGCGAGUCCUGAAGGAAGAUGGGGACACACAAUGGCUGGAUAUGGGACUAGAAUUUUGUUUUUUGGAGGCAUGUGUCAUAAGAAAUACAUGACGAGUGAUCUAUACUGUUUGGAGACCUGCAAAGAUAUAGCUGAAGACUUGCAUAAAACUGAUAGACCUAUUGGGAUGUUUGAGGUAAGUGGUGUUGCGAAGUUUGGAAUCGAAUUAAAAGCGCUGAUAAAUAAUUUAAUUAAACACAACUAA